GCGAAGAUAGACGCCAUCUUAAACAACGAAAAACGGCAACUCCACCUGAACAGACUUAGAUUCGAGUUACACAGUAGUGCAUUACGGUCGUAUUCGCAUGCGCAAAACAUAGCCGGAAAUCGUCACUUUACAGAUCGCUAACAGUUGUUAUUGUCCCUGAUGUGGGCUAGUUCCUUUGCUACUUCUGCUAACAUUUUCAGUCUUAUAUGACCUGAGAAAUCAUUCGUUUGCCAGAGAAGAAAUGGCGUCCGACAACGAAAAAGAUGAGGACUUUGUAACUUACGGGACUGUAUUGGAGCCUCUCGGAGAAGAUGAGCCGCUGAAAAAGCCUGUCCCACUUCAUGAGCAAACGGUGAAAGACGAGAAGGGAAGAUAUCAAAGGUUCCAUGGUGCAUUCACUGGUGGAUUUUCAGCUGGUUACUAUAACACUGUUGGUACUAAAGAAGGGUGGACCCCCUCAACUUUUGUAUCCUCGAGGGGGCAGAAAGCUGAAAUCUGUCGUGCAAAACCAGAAGAUUUUAUGGACGAAGAGGACUUUGGGGAGCAUGGCAUUGCACCACAGCAAAUUACCACCAGUCAGGAGUUUCCGUCCUCUCACACUGACAAAGUUGGUGAAAGGGCAAAAGCCAUUCGAGCUCAAACAACACUGACACUUGGAGAUAUUUUAUUACAGGAGUUAAUCAGGCCUUGCAGGUCAUCGAUUGGGAUUAAACUGCUAAAAAAGAUGGGAUGGAAAGAGGGUCAGGGCGUUGGGCCACGUGUAAAGAGAAGAGCUCGUCGGCUUCGUGGAGACCGUGGAGUCAAAGUUUAUGGCUGUGCAGUGCCUGCUAAUGGGUCAGAGGAAUCAGAGGAAGAUGAGGACGAGCUUCUUUCACUGCCGAAUGUGACCUUUGCUCCACAAGAUGUCACCCCAGUAGAUUUUGACCCAAAAAUAGGGGUUCAAGGUCUGGGAUACUGUGGUCUGGACCCUGGUCUGGCCCUGCUGGGCCAAGGAAAUACUGAACACUUUGACCUGUUUAAGCCUGUGUCAGUGAAAAGGGGUGGAGUUGCACAAAAAAACUCAAGGGCAUUUGGAAUUAACAAGGAUGGCGAUGAUGAUGUCUACCACAGAGACUCUAUGUCCAAAUACGACAUAGAGAUAAGAGAAGAGGAACCGGGAGACGGGUUAUAUGGUUGGACUGCACCCCAGCAGUACACUAAGACACGUGAUGUAUCGUACAAUGGGAAGAUCAUGGAUGGAUUCACUUGUGCUAAGAAACCUGCAGCUGAAAAAAAGAUCUUUUUGCCCCCCGUCUUGCCCCCGGGAUUCAGACCAUACCAUGGUUUUUGCCCAUCAGCCCUGGCCAGCACUUCAGUGAGUUCUGCUCUGGCUCAUGCGCUAACGUCCUCCAGGGGUCACAUGGUUCAAGAGAAGCCACAGCAAGCAGGCCGGCAUCAAAUGGACAUUAGUCAAAGAAGAGCACUUUUGGGAGAGGACAUCCUGCCUAAUUCUAAUUCAGUGAUGGAGUUGCUAAACCCUGAUGACCGCCAACAUCUUCUGAGCAUGCAGACCCAUGUAAACUCCCUGGACUCCUUCAAGCUGGAUCUUAUGGAGAGCGAGCAUAGUGGAGCUGGGAAAAAGAUUGUCCCGACUUCCACCUCGUACCGACCCAUGUCCUCCGUACUCUCAUCCCGUUUCACCAAAGCGAAGCACAAGGAUGAUGAUAAUGUUGUCGUAGCUGGGCUGGAUAAAAAGUGUGACUUGGAUGACCAACAAGCUGCUGUUCAAAUGAAGAUGUUUGGAAAGAUGACCAGGGAAACAUUUGAGUGGUACCCUGACAAACUGCUCUGCAAGAGGUUUAAUGUCCCAGACCCAUACCCUGGAUCAGGUGUGGUUGGUCUCUCUAAGGUGAAGAAGGACAAGUUUUCAGUCUUCAACUUCCUGACGGUGACAGAAGACAGGAAGAAGACAGAUACAAGGAAGAAGUCUAGAUGGGAUGUGUCAGACCAAAACAAUGAGAUGAACAAGGACACGCCUACAUGUACGACCUCAGAUGUUGGCAUCAGUGAUCAGAUUCAGCAGGAAAUGAAGAAUGAUGGCGAAAAAGAGGAAACGGAGGUGGAAGAGUGUAGCCGUCCUCCAUUAGAUAUUUUUAAGGCCAUUUUUGUCUCUUCUGAUGAGAAAUCAUCAGAGGAGACAUCAUCAGAGGGAGAAAGUGAGGAUGAGGUGCAGGACAUAAUGAAGAACACGGAAAUCUCUUCAACGAUUUCACCUGUCAUUUCAAACGCUCCUCUGCCAUCCACUUUCCCCGAGGUUCUUAGUGCAUCUGACGACAACUACCGCUCCACUGAAAAACAAGGUGUACCACAGAUAUCAAUGCAGGAAGAGUUUGGUCCAAGACUGCCCCCUUGUGCUGUCGGUGGAGGACAGUCCACAUCUCUCAGCUCUUUCAGUAGAGAAAAGAAGAAAAGAAGGAAAACCAAACAGAAGAAGCACAAGUACCAUAAAAGCCAAAAGGAUAAGAAGAAAAAAAAGGAGAAGAAAGAAAAGCACAAGGAGAAGGAGAAGCAUCAUAAGAAGAGAAAAGAAAACUGCAAGGAUCAGGAUCAGGUGUCCACAGAGGAGCUGCUGAAAAGGAUCAAUUCUCACAGUGAUCUAUUCUCUUGAACAUUUUUUUUGUGAGAAGAGAACAUUUUAAUCUGUAAAUAAAUUUUCAUAUUGAA